AUGCUAAAAAUUUUAGUACCAACCAUUAUACUUCUCCCCAUAGCCUGAACUAUUCCCUUUCACCAACUCUGACCUACCGCCCUCCUCUACAGCCUCACCAUCGCAUUUAUAAGCCUGACAUGACUGAAAACCACCACCGAAGCCGGCUGAGCCUUCCUCAGUCCCUACAUGGCUACAGAUCCUUUAUCAACCCCCCUGCUUGUCCUUACUUGCUGACUUCUGCCCCUAAUAAUUCUAGCCAGCCAAAACCACAUAUCCGCCGAGCCUCAAAACCGCCAACGUACAUAUAUCUCCCUACUUACAUCUCUUCAAAUCUUCCUUAUUAUAGCAUUCGGCGCCACAGAGAUAAUCAUGUUUUACCUUAUAUUUGAGGCCACCCUCAUCCCCACCCUCAUCAUUAUUACUCGCUGAGGUAACCAGGCUGAACGCCUUAACGCUGGCACCUAUUUCUUAUUUUAUACAUUAGCAGGCUCUCUCCCCUUGCUUAUCGCACUCCUUCUCCUACAAAACUCAGCAGGCACCCUUUCUCUUCUAACCCUCCAAUAUAAAACCCCCAUACAACUCUUCACCUACGCCGACAAACUAUGAUGAACAAGCUGUUUACUAGCAUUCCUAGUAAAAACCCCCCUUUACGGGAUUCACCUCUGGCUCCCUAAAGCUCAUGUCGAAGCGCCAAUUGCCGGCUCAAUGAUUCUAGCCGCCGUCCUUCUAAAACUAGGCGGUUACGGUAUAAUUCGCAUUAUGUCCCUCCUUGAACCCCUCAGCAAAGAACUUUGCUACCCCUUCCUGAUCUUUGCCCUCUGAGGAGUAAUCAUAACUGCCUCAACCUGCCUCCGGCAGCCCGACCUCAAAUCCCUAAUUGCCUACUCAUCUGUUAGCCACAUAGGCCUCGUUACAGCAGGCAUCCUCAUCCAAACACCUUGAGGACUGACCGGGGCUCUAAUCCUAAUAAUCGCUCACGGCCUCACAUCCUCCGCCUUAUUCUGCUUGGCCAACACAAAUUAUGAACGCACCCAUAGUCGAACAAUGAUCCUAGCGCGAGGCCUACAGACCGCCAUCCCCUUGAUAACCACAUGAUGAUUCAUUGCUAGCCUAGCCAAUCUUGGCCUUCCCCCUCUACCUAAUUUAAUAGGAGAAUUAAUAAUUAUCACCGCUCUUUUUAACUGGUCUAAAUGAACUCUGCUAUUCACAGGAGCCGGAACCUUAAUCACAGCCAGCUACUCCCUCUAUAUGUUCCUAGUCACACAACAAGGACCACUCCCACCCCACAUUAUUGCGCUAGACCCCACCCACUCACGAGAACACCUUCUAAUGGCUCUCCACCUAAUCCCUCUGCUCCUCCUCAUUACCAAGCCCGAACUGCUCUGAGGGUGAACCGCUU